UAUAAUCUCAUUCUGUUGUUAUCAAUCUUGUUGUAAUUAAUACAGAAAAAUGCUCUCUAUGAAUAGAUUUUCUAUUACUCGUUAUACUAUAUAAUGAAUGAUUUAAAUAACAUAAUUAAUUUCUUUUGCUUAUAACAAAUUUUGAUUGCCAUGACAUAUAUAUAUAUAUACAUAAAUAUUCUUCCAAUUUCCUCCAAUAUAUUCAUCUUCAUGAUCUCUAUUUUGUAGGUAGAAUCGAAUAAAAAUUGAUUGUACAUUCGAUCAACAAUUGAUUUCCUAAGGCGUUUUUCUUUCUUUCACUCUUCCAUAAAAUACCUUUGUGAUACAUCUAAAAGUGAUUCGUUCAAUUUACAUGGAAUUUAAAUCAUUGAUAUAUCCCUUUUAUUUAUUUUCCAUAUGACAUCAUUACAGGACAUUCCAAUGAGACGUAAUUUCUUCCAAAAAUUAACUUCUCUUGUCAUCAAAAGAAGCAUAUAAAUAUUAUAUUAAAGUUAUAAAAAUAUAUUAAAAUAAUUCGUGUAUUUUUAUUAGAAAAAAAAAAAAAAAAAAAAAAAAAAAGAAAAAAAAAAGAAUGCUUUUUAGUUGAAAUAAUAUCUGAAAUUAUUUUGUUAAUAUUUUACAAUUCUGAUUUAUUUGGUCUGUGGUUUAUUUCCUUGUCUUUAUUUUUUUUCUUAUCUCUAUAGUACGUUUGUCCUUCAAGCAUUACAUGAGACAGCUCUGGUUGUUCUAAUAAAUAAUUCUUAGCAUCAACAGCUUGAGAUCCUUCACGGAAUAAGAAGACUGAUCGCUUAGGAUCAAUUGGAUAUCUAUAGUAAUAUAUAAAGUUAUAUGUCUUGUAAAUAAGUUAUCAUAUUUAUUUACAAAUGUAGAUUACCUUUCUGCUAUGAUAUGAUUGUUUUGUAGACUACUCUGCCAAAUGCGCAUUACAAUUUCUGCUUGAUCUUGUGAAAUAUCUUCCAUUACAUCCACAAACAUCAUAACGCCUUUACCUUUUUUCGUCAUUUUGAGAACAUUAUCAGGAUUGGAGACAUCUAUCUAAUAGACAAAGAUAACGUCUGAUAUUCAUUUUUGUAUGAUUCUUGUUAAGAAAAGAAAAAAAAGAAAUAUAAUAUUAAUUCUGCGGUACCUGCGAUAAAUCUAUUUUUGGACUUGGUCUAAGAUAUUCGGGGAGUUCAUCUGGUGGCAAAGGUUCUUCAUUUUCCUAUAAUAUUACGAUAAUAUAUGAGACAAUAAACGACAAUUUGUUGAUUUACCGGAUGGAAAAUACAAAGUUGGCAUUCCAACUAAUUUCGGCCAUUGUGUUGGCCGAACUGUCAUUGGUAAUGUAAAAUAGAAUUAGAAGCCUAUUAUAUUGCAACGGGUACUUGAGAUAUAUAAGUAUUUGCUUAUACAUGAUGGUAAAAGAAAAGGGAUAGGAAGAAGCUUACCAAGAAAUUGCGUACAAGUCAUUUCAGAAAUCAAAGAAUCAUUAGAUUCAUUAAGAUGGAAGAGCAAGAAUAUAUAACAUGGAUCGAGUGGAUGUGCUAUCAGUUUUAUUAUAACGGAAUGCUUAAUCAUGUCAAACAGGCAUGUGAUGCUUAUCCAACGAGUGAUCAUCUGAAACUCUUGCUUAGUCUUACCUAUUUAUUAAAUGGAAGGAUACACGAUGCUAUUAAAGAAAGUGGCAGUUUAAUGAAUAACACAGAAGUUUCAUUAGCAGGAUUGCUUAUACAGAGUUUUGCACAGAAAGUAAGCACAAAUGGAGACAAAUCGACGAUAAUGCAAAUCGAUAUGAAAAUCAGAGAAGAACGAAGAAAAGCAUCAGCCACCGCACUAUCAUUGUCCGCUUUGAUAUUACUUUUGUACAAAAAGAUUGAUAAAGCUAAAGACUAUGCUGAUAGAGCAUAUAAAGUUAAUCCUGUUGAUAGAAAUGUCUUAUUGGCAAAAGGUUGGGUGGAAUUGUAUACAAAGGAGGAUAAUCAUACGAAGAUAGAUUAUUUUGAUACAGUUUUAAAAACCCAUACUAGACAUUUUAAUGCUCUCAUGGGUAGCGCGAAAUAUAAACAAUAUUGCGGAGAUCAUACAGGAGCAAUAUCGAUAUUGAAUUCAUUAAUAGUACAUUAUCCAAAAUUAAGCUUUCCAUUGGUAGAAAAAUUGGCUAAUCAAUUAGCUAUGAAAGAUUGGGAACAAGUACUUGAAACGGCUAAUAGAAUAUUAACAAUAGAUCCUAAUAAUUUAGAUGGAAUAAAAGCUCAUUGCGUCGUUGCCAUUUGCAAAGAUGGAGAGUACAAUGAAAGUUUAAAACACUUACAAUUAUUUUUGAGAAAUUUAAUUCUUGUAGAAGCAAAGAAUAUUGAUCUUUUGGUCAGAAACAUAAAGUUAUUUUCAUCCAUAGGAUGUAGAAAUGAAAAUAUAUUGAUGGAAUUGUGUAAAGUAACUGAAAAAAUGUUACAACAGAAUUCUAAUUGCGGAGAAUUAAUGGUCGAACUUGGGAAUCUGUAUGUUUUAUUGGGAAAAACAAAAGAGGCUGAACAUUGGUAUAGGAAUAAUGCACGUAUAGAGGAGUCAUCGUUCCCAGCUUUAAUAGGUUUGGCAAAUUGUCAAUUAUUAGAUAAUUCUGCAAACGCUCGAGUUUUAGCUAGACAACAAAUUGAUUUUUUAAUGGAGAUUCAAUCGACUUCGAUGAGUCCUAAAUUAUUGUUUAUGUCAUCGAUACUAUGCGAGGAUGAUAAAAGAAAAGGAUUAGAGUAUUUAAACAUGGCAGCUAAAGUUUUAUUGAAGGAUUGUGAAUACGUCUCUUAUGGAUAUGAAUACUUGACGAAUUUAAAUCCUGAUCUAUGCAUGGAAAUUGGAAAGGAACGUUUAACUUACUCCGUUCACGAUACAUCAUCCAUGGAUGAAGGUAGCUCUGAGGCCAAAAAAGAACCUCUUUUAGAAUUAUUAGAAAAACUUGCAGAAGCAUGUCCCGGCUUAAGCAAUGCAUUAUUAAUAUUAAGUAAAAUCGAAAUGCAAAGUGGAAAACUAGAGAAAGCUCAAACUAUAUUAAAAAAACUUUUGGACUCCGUCGAUUCUACCAAUGCGCAGGGACAUUUAUUAAUGGCACAGAUUUUGGCAUAUCAAGGCCAUUAUCAAUUAGCCGUACAAAGUUUAGAAGUUGGCUUGAGUUACAAUUUUAAAGUUAGAGAUGAUCCGAUUUAUCAUGUGGUUAAUGGGAUUGUACAAAAAGAGAAUGGAGAUUUCGAAAAUUGUAUAAAAAGCUUUGAAUUGGCCAUGGUAUGUGCAGGCUUGAAGGGAAAUAAAAAUAUUACAGAUGUUAAUCAGAUUUCUAUGCAAGAUAAAGCGAUGUUGUAUCUUGAAUUAAUCUCUGCGUACAGUAAAAUGAAACAAUUUGGCGAAGCAUUAGAACUGAUGGAAGACGCUAUAAUAGUACUUCAAGGUACUGGUGAGGAAAGCAAGGGCACAAUAGGAUACGCGGACUUGUACUUGGAAAUGGGAGAAUUGGAAAAAGCAAUAGAACAUUUAGCAAAGGUAAAGCCAGAUGAGCCUUAUUAUGUACAAGCUCAUACGAAAUUGGCUCAAAUACAUUUAAAGUACAAAAGAGACAGGCAAGCCUUUGCAAAAUGUUUCAGGGAAUUAGUAGAAAACUGUCCUGGUCCUAAGACAUAUAGUAUGCUUGGCGAUGCAUAUAUUUCUAUACAAGAACCAGAAAGAGCCAUCGAAGCCUACGAGCAAGCAUUAAAUCAAAAUCCAAAAGACAAGGCAAUAAUAGCAAAUAAAAUGGGAAAGGCGUUGAUAAAAACUCAUCAAUAUAUGGAGGCUAUUAGUUAUUACAAGGAUAUGAUAAAACAAGCAGAAUGUAAAGAUUUAAAAUUGGAUCUUGCAAAAUUGUUUAUUAAAAUGAAACAAUACGACAGGGCUGAAGCUACCUUGUUGGAGGAAUUGAGAAAUGCUCGAUUUGAAUCCGAUUUGGAAAGUUUAGAAAGUCGAGGACAACAAUUGCUCUUACUUGCGAAAGUCCGUGAGAAAGCUGGUAAUAUACAAGCAGCACUUUCUGUACUGAAAGAAGCUAAAGAAAGUCAUACGAGGUAUAUACAACGUCUUAUCAUGGGUUCGAGCGCAAUUGAACAAAAGCAUGUAGUAGCGGACAUAUGCGUGACAAUGGCAGACCAUGCAUCAUCUAUAAGAGAUUACGAUCAAGCGGUAUUAUAUUAUAAAGAAGCUUUGGGUUAUAAACCAGCCGAUAUUAAAGCAUUAUUAUCAUUGGCAAAGUUAUACAUGCAGAUAAACAACUUGGACAAAUGUGCCCAAACGUGUACUACUCUUUUAAAGGCUGAUCCAAAUAACGAGGCCGCAUCUGUUAUGAUGGCUGAUCUUGCAUUUAGGAAAGUUGAUUUUGAAACUGCAGCAUUUCAUUUUCGUCAGUUAUUAUUACAAAAACCAAUGUAUUGGACAGCAUUAGCUAGACUGAUAGAAGUUUCUCGCAGGACAGGAAAUAUGGAUGAUUUAGAUGAAUGGCUCAGUCAAGCGCAAACGGCAAUGAAAUCUAACAAUAUGGAGGCUGGCUUUUACUAUUGCACUGGUUUAUUAGAUUGGCGAAUGGGAAGAUUAAAUACGGCCCUUAGAAAUUUCAAUUAUGCGAGGCGUGAUCCUGAAUGGGGCCAACAAGCUAUUUAUAAUAUGAUCGAAAUUUGCUUGGAUCCUGAUGACGAUUCUUCGUUGUCCAAUGAAGCUUUCAAUGACGAAGAUACGGAAUAUCAAGAUUCAAGAACAAUGGCCCUGAAAACUGCUUAUCGUUUAUUACAGGAAUUGAAUCCAAGAGGUAGUCAACAUGAGAUGUUAACGCAUCGGCUUCUUGGUAACUUCUUUCUUCUUGCUACGAAACAAAAAUCAAACAUCGAAAAAGCUUUGCAAGAUUGUACAAAUUUGGCCAGUCAAGAAGCACUCAGAGAUCACGUUGGACCAGCCUUAGGCAUGGCAACGGCGCACAUCCUGUUAAAACAAACUCCUCGCGCCCGAAAUCAUCUUAAGCGUGUUAGCAAAAACGUAUGGACCUUCGAGGACGCCGAAUAUUUGGAAAGAUGUUGGUUGCUAUUGGCAGAUAUUUAUGUUCAAUCGGGCAAGUAUGAUCUAGCGAAUGAGCUACUUAAACGCGUUUUACAACAUAAUGCAACAUGCGUGAGAGCUCACGAAUUGUCCGGUUAUAUCGCUGAGAAAGAACAGAAUUAUCGGGAAGCUUCUCUGCGAUAUGCGCAAGCAUGGAAAUUUGGUGGUAAAUCUAAAUUAUCAAUUGGCUACAAAUUAGCAUAUUGUUCCUUCAAGGGAAAAUCUUAUGCGGAUGCCAUAGAAGCUUGCAACGAGGUAUUGAGACAAAAUUCUGACUAUCCUCGCAUUAGAAAAGAUGUUUUGGAAAAAGCUAUUAACAAUCUUCGCACUUAAUCGCAUAAAAAGGAAUAAUUCAGUAAAUUAUAUAUUUAAAAAUACCAGAUGGCUUGUUUUGUUCUACGAACAGAUCAAUAUUAUGAAAUAAAAAAGAAGUAAAAAAGAAA